AUGAAGCGCUUCAUCUUCCUUGUCGUCGCAGUCGUGGCGAUUGCCAUGUCCUUCGUGAUCGACCGUCCAGAGAAUUGGGUGCUGGACCCAAAAACACUUCAGACUGUCGCCAAGCGUGGCAUAGCGGUGGCCCACGCCAAACACGGCGUUAACGCCACGGCGGAGCAAGUGGUUGAGAGUGUCAUUCAAGAGGUCACAAAGACGUACCCGCUCCACACCUCGUACUCCGGCAGGUGGCUGUGGAACAACGCCGGUGGAGCGAUGGGCUCCAUGACGGUGCUGCACUCCUCCUUCUCGGAGUAUCUCAUCAUCUUCGGCACCUCCCUCGGCACGGAGGGCCACACCGGUCGCUAUCACUGGGCGGAGGACUUUUUUACAAUUCUCUACGGCGAGCAGUGGGCGUCGUUGCCACGCGUGGCAGAGGCGGAGGUCUACAAGCCAGGCGACCAGCACUACCUCCCCCGGCACACGGCGAAGCAGUAUCGGAUGCCGAAUGCCUGCUGGGCCUUGGAGUAUGCACGGGGCAACAUUCCCUCCAUGCUCUUCUUCGGUCUCGCGGAUGGCUUCACCUCGACGCUUGACGUCGUGACGCUCUUCCAGACCGUCCGUGAAAGCGCAUGGAACAUGCUUCACAGCGCCAUUCUAGGCAAAAUUUAG